AGGGCCCCCCCCCAACUAUGGACGAGCGGCUGCUGGGGCCGCCCCCUCCAGGCGGGGGCCGGGGGGGCCUGGGAUUGGUGGGUGGGGAACCUGGGGGCCCUGGCGAGCCUCCCGGUGGCGGAGACCCCGGAGGGGGUAGCGGGGGGGUCCCGGGAGGCCGAGGGAAGCAAGACAUCGGGGACAUUCUGCAGCAGAUAAUGACCAUCACCGACCAGAGCCUGGACGAGGCCCAGGCCAAGAAACAUGCCCUAAACUGCCACCGAAUGAAACCUGCUCUCUUUAGCGUCCUGUGUGAAAUCAAGGAAAAAACCGGCCUCAGCAUUCGGAGCUCCCAAGAGGAAGAGCCGGUGGACCCACAGCUAAUGCGCUUGGACAACAUGCUUCUGGCAGAGGGUGUGGCUGGGCCAGAGAAAGGGGGGGGCUCAGCAGCAGCAGCUGCAGCCGCUGCAGCCUCUGGGGGCGGCGUGUCCCCUGACAACUCCAUCGAGCACUCGGACUAUCGCAGCAAACUUGCCCAGAUCCGCCACAUCUACCACUCGGAGCUGGAGAAGUACGAGCAGGCUUGUAACGAGUUCACAACCCACGUCAUGAACCUGCUGAGGGAGCAGAGCCGGACUCGGCCCGUGGCCCCUAAGGAGAUGGAGCGCAUGGUGAGCAUCAUCCAUCGAAAGUUCAGCGCCAUCCAGAUGCAGCUCAAGCAGAGCACCUGCGAGGCCGUCAUGAUCCUGCGUUCCCGAUUCCUGGAUGCCAGACGGAAACGCCGUAACUUCAGCAAACAGGCCACUGAGGUCCUAAAUGAGUACUUCUACUCCCACCUGAGUAACCCCUAUCCUAGUGAGGAGGCUAAGGAGGAGCUGGCCAAGAAGUGCGGGAUCACCGUCUCUCAGGUCUCCAACUGGUUUGGCAACAAGCGGAUUCGCUAUAAAAAAAACAUUGGAAAGUUCCAAGAGGAGGCAAACAUCUACGCUGUCAAGACGGCCGUGUCUGUCACCCAGGGGGGUCACAGCCGCACCAGCUCCCCGACACCCCCUUCCUCAGCAGGCUCUGGCGGCUCUUUCAAUCUCUCAGGAUCCGGAGACAUGUUUCUGGGAAUGCCCGGCCUCAACGGAGACUCCUACUCUGCCUCCCAGGUGGAAUCACUCCGACACUCGAUGGGGCCAGGAGGCUACGGGGACAACCUCGGAGGAGGCCAGAUGUACAGCCCUCGGGAAAUGAGGGCAAACGGCGGCUGGCAGGAGGCUGUGACCCCAUCCUCAGUGACAUCCCCAACAGAGGGACCAGGGAGCGUCCACUCUGACACUUCCAACUGAUCUCGGCCCUCAGGGCCACAGGGUUGGGGGCUUACAAGGCGACAGGAAGAGGACACAGGCAUCCAGAGGACAAACCCCAGACCCAGGAGAAGCACAAGACAGAAGGGCAAAUGGGGUUGUCCCCUCCCCGCCCAGACUCUCAGUGCUUGGGGUACUGACUACAUGGCAGGGAGAAUGAGGUCCCCUAAAGGGAGAGUGGAGUCUGUCUCCCCCUUUUUUCGGUCUUUUUUUUUUUCCCCUCUCUCUUCCAUAGAAACACACCCAGAAUCCUUUCUCAGAUCCUUCCUUUCUCCUCUGUCACAUACACACACACACACUGUUCUCUCUUUCUCUGGGCUCCCCCACUCUCCCUCCCCCACCCCACUUAUCUGCUCUGAGAUCUGUGGAGACGCCAGCCCUGCCCUACCAGAGAUGCCAAAAAUGGGGACACACUUCUGGACAGAGGCUCUGGGCCACGCCCCCUGUGCCUCCCCACCCCAGGCCCCCCCAGACGGCUUUAUUACCUCAUACGCAGCUCAUCUUAAACCAAUAGAAUCGCUCGGUGGACGAGAGUGUCUGACUCAGAUAUCUACCUCGGAGGGAGUUUCUGCUACUUUAGGGAAUUGUGGACUGGGCUUUGGGGUUGAACCUUUUUUUUUUUUUUUUUUUUUUUUUUAAGGAAAGAAAAUGAAACCCUGGGAUCCAUCUGUUUUUUGUUUGUUUGUUUUUUGGGUUUUUUUGGUUUGUUGUUGGUUCUUAAUUUUUCACUUAGUUUGGGGAAGUAGAUGUUUUUAUAAAUAUGUUGAUUUUUU